UAUCAAGAAAUUAUUUAUAAAAUGUAACUUUAACAGAUAAUAAUUGUUGUCUAACAUUGUACUUGGCUGGUCAGAGUACAUUCAUUUGUUAAAUAUGGAGGUGUGAUGGAGGUGCAAUUGUCGAAAUAUUGCGUUUUUCAAGUUAGCGGUUUCCAAGAUUUUCUAAUGACAGGAUGGCUGGUAAUAAAAUUAACACUAAAUCUAAAGGGAAAGAAGACAAGUCUAAAGUGGGAAAGGGUACCAUUCAAACAUCUGAAGAAGCAGAUGACUUGGAUUACACAUUACUCAGAAAACCUAUUCUUACAAGUGUGACAGGUUUUGCUCAGGCCAGAAAAAUAUUUGAUUUUGCUACAGAAGAGCUAAAAAGUUUACUGUCCACUGAAUGUGAUUUGAUAUAUGAGUGUAAAGUAUGUCGAAAUUUAUUCAGAAGUUUGGCUAAUUUUAUAUCACAUAAGCGUAUGUAUUGUAAAGACAAGUUUAAUUCCUCUGUACACAGUCAUUUUGUGAACCCAACUUGUAUGAUUAAUGAAAUUAACAAAAUAAAACAGCUAGAAGAUGAAUAUCAAGAGUCAUUGAAGGUUACAAGUAAUCAAGAAUUGGUUGAAACAGAUGAAACGGAUGACCGUAUACCACUUACAAAAGAUUUGACUGCAAUAGUAGAAAAAAUAGGUGUAAGCAAAGGAGUUAGAGAAAAUACAAAUGAAGACCAAGAAUUGUUCCUACAAAAUAUUCCGAAGACUUCUGUUGCUGUGUAUCAAAAUGUUAAUUUUAAUAAUGAAAAUAAUUGUGAUAUACGUACUCAGGUUAACGAGCUUGAUAAUAUUUUAUCACAAAAUAAGGCUGUUUUACAACAUGAUGGCAAAUUUACUAUACAAAACUCUAUGGAAACAAAUAUUACAAAUGGAGAACAUGAGAAUGUUAUUCAAAUUAGUGACGACGAUGAUAAUGAAGAGACCAAUAGUCUUAAGUGUAGAAUAUGCGAUCUUCAAUUUUCGACGCUAAAGACACUGAAGUUCCACAUGAAGUAUAAACACUUGGAGAGUCGAUUGGUUUAUCCAUGUCCAGACUGCUUGGAGAUAUUUUCUACCUCAUGGAGUGUUUACAGGCACUUGUUUAAAGUUCAUAGAAAAACCGCAGCACAGAUCAGGAGAUUACGCGAGUCGAUACAAUCAAAAGCGUUCAGAAUGAACAACCCGCCCGCUUUUUAUGAGAAGAGGAAGAGAGAAAACAAUAACAAGCCUUCCACACCACAAAAGAUCACUGAAGAAGAGAGAUUGGAACAAGAAAAUCAGGCGUGGAUGGACAACAUGGAGGGUGACGGCGAGUUGCCGCGCUGCGGCGGGUGCGGGCGCACGUUCGAGCGGCGCGCCGCGCUGGCCGCGCACACGCACACCUGCCCGCCGCGCAGCCGCGCGCUCGCCCGCCGCAGCGACACCAAGAAGAUUGAAAUACAGAUACGCAAGGACUACAAUAAAGGACCCUCCGGGAUCACACUGCCUCUUAAGACGACCGAAAAUGAAAAUAAGAUCACCAAAGAAGAAGUUAAAACCACACCAAAACCGACUUCCGAGCAAUUAAAACUCGAGGAAGUAACGCACGAAUCCGCAACAAUAAUGAGGAGUGAACCUGCAGUCAGUUCUAGACAAGCUGAUGUGAAAGAACUUCCAGAAAAGAGAACUAUGAAUAAUUCUCAUAACUUUAGGCCGAAGUUGCCACAUGCACAGCAAAUGGAAAAAAGUAAUUUAGCUGCAUUAAGACUUCGACUUCAGCCUGAUACAGAUUUAGAGAAACUACUUUGUAAAAAGUGUGAUACCAGACAUAGUCAAAUACUAGAAUUAUACGAACACAUGGCCGGUCACUACAAAUGGAUGAGAUACGCGUGUAAAUUGUGUAAUUUUAAGAAUUACGGCUUCGGAAAUUUACUAGAACAUGUGAAAGUAGUUCACAAAUUAAAGGGUGAUUCAGAUUUUUACUAUAGUACUGUAAAAGCGAUAGACGCAAGCGAAGCAAUAGAAUUGGCUGAACCUGUUGAACAAAUAGUUGAAACAAAUGAAGCCAGUCCGGAUUCCAGACGGACCAGCCGCUGUUCCAGUGACUCCAGUCGACUGUCCGAUGAGAGCUCUUCAAGUAGCGUUCGCAUUGAAGGAGCUAAGAAAAGGAAAAUGAACUCUGGAAGAAGUAUUCCGAAGAAAAGAAAAGAAUUAAAUGAUGAAUCUAUGGAUAAACAAUCAAAUAAUGCACUUGCCGAAAAAGAGAGCAUGCCGGAAAUAGAAUAUGUAAAUACUAAAAUAUUUGAAGAGAACUCUUCAGAUAUAGAUGAUAUUGAGGACAAGAUAUCUAAGAAGCAAAUUGUUGGGGAAAAGACAUCAAUGGCAUCGAGAAGACCUAUCCGAAAACGUACUAGACCUAAAAAUGAAGAUUUUGAAUACGACCUAUCAAAUUUGCUCAAAUUGGAAGCCCAAGGCUACAGGGAUUCCCAAAUUAUAACAACGAAACCUUCACAAAACAAAAGGAAAAGUCAAAUAGAGAUUCAAAGCAAUUAUGAAAUGACAAAUAGAGAAUGUUGUGGUGCUCUAUUCGCUUUAUCUAAAAAAGCUAUAGAAAAUGCAGCGGCACAUAUGAAGGUACUGAGUUUUACUAUGAAUAAUAUCCAGAAAGAACAGCGUCCUUUGAAUGUCUUCGUAAGGCCCAUGAUACCAAAAGUUGCAAAGGCUGAUAAAACAUCACCUAAAAAAGAAUCUGUCGAAUCUACUAAAGAAGUGAUUAUCGCAAACAAAACAACACCAGAGUCAAAAACGAGUACUACUGUCGCUGCAGUUAAAGAAGGGAAAAUAGAGAAAGAAACAAAUGAGAAACUUGAAACAAUCACGAUUGUAUCACCUGAACCAACGUGCGAUGAAGGAACUGUGAUUUCAAAUGAUGAUAAAAAUAUUAAAGAUAGUGAAAACUGCAAAGAAGUGCCUACUACUACCGUAAACGAUACUGCCAAAACGAAUUCAAAUAUACCACUUGUUCCUUUAAAAUUGCGCCGCCAAAGUGUAGACAUAAUAAAAAAUCCAAUUUUAAAUAAAAACUAUUCCGAUUUUUCUAAAGUUGGUACAAAAAUUCUUGUUAUCAAACCGAUCAAUAGAAAUAAAGAUGGAACACAGACAAUAAAAGCUCCAUUGAAAUUCCAAACUAUUAAAUUAAAAGAUGCGAAUAAAGGUAAUUCGUCAAAUGAAGAGAAAUCUAAAGAAGUAGUUGUAGUGCAGGUACCAAAAGUAGAACGUGCUGUGACGCUUCCUUCGAUAGUAUUACCUAACACUCCUAAUACUAAUGUAAUUGACAACACUAACAAAAAGGUAGAAAAUGUUGUUAACAAAAAUAAUGAAAAAGAUAGUGACCAAAUGGAUGUGACCCAAUGAUUAAGAGUGAAAUAUAAAAUAUACAUGAUAUGUUGUAUUAUGUAUUCAUUCUAUACAACACUAAUUUUCUUUGUUGCUUUAAGAUUUUCGUUAUAUUGUACAGCUUUCUACAUAGGUAGGUAGGAAAAAAUAAUAAAAUGAUAAAACAUUA